AUGAGUAAAGACCGGCAGAACAAGCAGGUUCCUGCUGGACUUGGCAGACCCCAGACCCCGUCCAAAGGCCCUGGGUGCAGAUCUCCCAGAAUGCCCAAGUGUUCUCGGUGCAGGAACCACGGGUUCGUGUCUCCUCUGAAGGGUCACAAGAGGUUCUGUAACUGGAGGGACUGUCAGUGCGUUAAAUGUAAGCUGAUCGCAGAGAGACAACGCGUCAUGGCCGCUCAGGUGGCUCUCCGGAGGCAGCAGGCCCAGGAGGAGGAGCUGGGGAUCUGCAGCCCCGUGGCCUUUUCGGCUCCAGACGUGAUGAUCAAGAAUGAAAUGGGAGCGGACCUGUUCUCUGUGGAGGGACGCUCCGGCUCUCCCACCAGCUUCCCCUCCUCCUCUCUACCUGUGGCAGGAAGUCGCUCUUCAUCCUCCCCCAGCCAAUCAGCUGCUGCCAGGCCAAAUGCUGACGGAGCGUCUGACCUGCUGCUGGAAAACUCUUAUUACAACUUCUACCAGCCAUCACUCUACCCCACCUACUACGGGAACUUCUACAACUACCAGCAGUACCAGCAGGUGCCUCAUGGAGACGGACGCCUGUCUGGACACAACGUGUCCUCUCAGUACCGAAUGCACUCGUACUACCCCGGAGCCCCCUACCUGAGCCAGGGCCUGGCCUCCCCCACCUGCGUGCCUCCCUUCUUCAGCCUGGACGACAACAACAGCUGCUCCGAGAGCCUGGCAACCUCCUUCUCCUCCUCACACGACUCCACCUGUCGCUCCGUCAGCUCCCUGGAUCCCUCCGAGUUGAAGGCCGAGUGCGACGCUGGCGGUCAAACCUUCACCAUCGAUGGAGUCGAUGGCGACAGCAGCAAGUAG